AUGGAUGGCGUCCAGAAGGACCAUGACAAAGUCUGGGCCGGCGCCCGCAAGUCGAAGAAUAGAGACCAGGCACAAGAUGUCAUCGAUGCACUUCAGAAGGCUCGCGAUGCCAUAGCCGAAGAUCCUAGUGCAGCUGCGGUGGCUUUGGCAAAGCUACAGAACCCCGUCAAGAUGUCGUUUGAUGGCAUGCUUGCGGGUCUCAAGGACGUGCAUAGCAGUCAUACAAAGUACGGAAGGGCGUUAGAUAAGGUCUUCAAAGACAAGCCACUACCGAGUAGCGAGAUUGACGCACUGUCUACCCAUCCGACCCUGGUCAACCGCGCCAUAUAUCUCCAUCUACUGCGAGAAGGGCUCUUUGAUGUUGCCUCCGAAUUCCAUGACGAAGCAAGCGCAAGACAGAAGAUCCAGCAAGACGCUGCCGCCGCUCUGGGCAUGGACGUGCCUAUGGAGCACCCACUGGGGUUGGACAAGUCCAUCUCUGAGAAUAUGCAAGAGCAAUUCACCAACAUGUAUCACAUCCUUAGCGAGCUCAAAGACAAUCACAACCUGCAACCUGCCAUCGACUGGGCCCGUAGCAAUUGCAGUGCUCUGGAAGCCAGAGGAAGCAAUUUGGAAUUCGAGCUCUGUCGCCUGAAAUACAUCACGCUCUUCCUGGGAUCGAGCCAAAUGGAAGCCUUGCUCUAUGCUCAGACCGACUUCCAACACUUCCGAGGUCGAUAUCUGUCUGAAAUUCAGCAGCUCAUUGCCGCCAUGGCUUUCGCAUCAAAUCUAGAAGAAUCGCCGUACGCUACGCGAUUCUAUAAUACUGCAUCAUGGGACGAAGUGGCGAGCUCGUUCGUUCGUGAAUUCUGCUCGCUCCUAGAGCUCUCAGCAGAUUCGCCACUAUAUAUUGCAGCGACCGCUGGUGCAAUUGCGCUUCCAAUACUACUCAAACUCCAGGCCAUUCAGAAGCAGAAACAUACUGAAUGGACGUCGCAAGAUGAGCUUCCAGCCGAAACACCACUGCCGGCAUCAUAUCAGUUCCAUUCGAUAUUUGUCUGCCCGGUUUCGAAAGAGCAAACAACAGAUGCAAACCCGCCUAUGAUGCUCCCUUGCUGCCAUGUUCUCGCGCAAGAGUCGCUACAGAAACUGAGCAAGGGUGCUAAGUUCAAGUGUCCCUACUGUCCAGUGGAAAGCCAUCCCAGAGACGCAAAAAGAGUGUUUCUAUAA